AUGUCCUUCUGUUUUAAAGCCAGUACAGGAUUCGUCCUUGAACAGGACAAAAAAGAACUGGACAGACGGCUCAGGAAAUACUGUCAGCCACAGAAACACACAGAUCUGGCCAGUGUGAGGAAUGAGAGUGAGAAUAAUCAGAUUAAGAACAUGCUACAAGAUGAUCAAGUCUGGAACGGUCUGCACAGACUCUGGGUUUGGUCAGAUAACAGCACCGCUACAUUCACACACUGGAGAACUGGUGAACCCAGCAUCGGAACAAACAGAAACAGCAUCUGUGUAUCAACUGGUAUCAGUGAUGAAGGAGGAUGGACAGAAGAGCUCUGUUCAGAUCAGCAUCCCUUUGUGUGUUAUGAUGGUGAGUAG